CCCCUUUCCCGCCGCCGCCUCCAUUUCUAUUUACCCACCUCCGCCUGCCUCCUCACCUGAGUCAGCCCUCUUCCUCUCUGCCCUCGCGCGCGGACUUGGACGCUGCAGAUGGGCGCCGCCAGUCAGCUUCGCCGCCGGACGCGCGCGCUGACGCCGCCCGGGGCGGAGGCCGACGUCCGCUGCGAGGCGUGCGGGUCCGGGGAGGCGGCGGCGGAGCUCAUGCUGUGCGACGGCUGCGACAGGGGGCUCCACAUAUUCUGUCUCCGCCCCAUCCUUCCCCGUGUCCCCGCCGGCGACUGGUUCUGCCCCUCCUGCCGCUCCGCGUCCUCCAAGCCCACCGCAUCCUCCAUGACCAAGAAGCCAAUGCAGUUCCCGCUGGUCCAGACAAAGAUCGUGGAUUUCUUCAAGAUCCAGCGAAGCCCGGCGGCGCCGGAGUCCUCGGAGGUGAAGAAGAGGAAGAGGAAGCCCGCGGGGGCGCUGGUGGUGUCCAAGAAGAAGAAGAGGAAGCUGCUGCCUUUCAACCCCAGCGACGACCCCGCCCGGCGGCUCCGGCAGAUGGCGUCGCUCGCCACGGCGCUCACGGCCACCGGCGCCGUCUUCAGCAACCACCUCACCUACCAGCCCGGCAUGGCGCCGCGGUCCGCCAACCGCGCCGCCCUCGAAGCCGGCGGAAUGCAGGUGCUGCCAAAGGAAGACGUGGAGACGCUGAACCUGUGCAAGAGGAUGAUGGAGAGAGGGGAGUGGCCUCCCCUCCUCGUGGUCCACGACCCCAUCGAGGGGUUCACGGUGGAGGCGGACAGGUUCAUCAGGGACCUGACCAUCAUCACCGAGUACGUCGGCGACGUGGACUUCCUGCGGAACCGGGAGCACGACGACGGCGACAGCAUGAUGACCCUGCUCUCGGCGUCCUCCCCGGCGAGGAGCCUCGUCAUCUGCCCCGACAGGCGCAGCAACAUCGCGCGCUUCGUCAACGGCAUCAACAACCACACGCCGGAGGGGAGGAAGAAGCAGAACCUCAAGUGCGUGCGGUACGACGUGGACGGCGAGUGCCGGGUGCUGCUGGUGGCGAACAGGGACAUCUCCAAGGGGGAGAGGCUCUACUACGAUUACAAUGGCUCCGAGCACGAGUACCCGACGCACCAUUUUGUCUGAGCAGUGAGCUGAGCUGAGCUCCCUA